CGUACAUAUGUUAUGCCCUGCGUCUCAGAAACCAAACCUCCAAAAGCCAAGUUGAGAGAGUGAGCAAAGCGAAGAUGGCGACCAAAGCCAUGGAUUUUUGGGUGAGAAAUCAUCCAUUAUCAACUGGCAUCGUAUCAACUGGCAUCGCUUCGAAAUCACCCAAAUUUAGGGUUUCAAACGUCAGGUGCUACUCUGCUUCUCCCUCCAUGGACGGUGCUGCCCUUGGUUUGGGGGAAAGACCUUGGAAGUUAGCAGAUGCCAGACUUGUCCUGGAAGAUGGUUCUAUUUGGAGGGCGAAAUCAUUUGGUGCUUCUGGAACCCAAGUUGGUGAAGUGGUUUUCAAUACAUCUUUAACGGGGUAUCAAGAGAUUCUUACAGACCCCAGUUAUGCUGGCCAGUUUGUCUUGAUGACAAACCCACAUAUUGGCAAUACCGGUGUUAAUUUUGAUGAUGAAGAAUCUAGACAGUGCUUCCUUGGUGGUUUGGUAAUCAGAAGUUUAAGUAUCAGUACUUCAAAUUGGAGAUGCACAAAAACACUUGGUGAUUAUUUAGCAGAAAGGAACAUUAUGGGGAUAUAUGAUGUUGAUACUCGUGCAAUUACCCGGCGAAUAAGACAAGAUGGAAGCCUUAUAGGUGUACUCAGCACAGAAGAAGCCAAAUCAGACGACGAACUUUUGGAAAUGUCUCGUACUUGGGACAUUGUUGGUGUGGACUUAAUAAGUGGUGUCUCCUGCAAAGCCCCUUAUGGCUGGAGUGAUAAAACAGAUCCAGAGUGGGAUUUUAAUUCUAAGGAGAGAGAUGGAGAGACUUUCCAUGUUAUUGCAUAUGAUUUCGGUAUCAAGUAUAAUAUACUGAGGCGUUUGGCAUCCUAUGGAUGUAAAAUCACUGUUGUCCCUUCAACAUGGCCAGCAUCAGAGACUCUAAAGAUGAAGCCGGAUGGAGUCAUAUUCAGCAAUGGCCCAGGAGAUCCAUCUGCUGUUCCUUACGCUGUUGAAACAGUCAAGAAUAUAAUUGGAAAGGUUCCUGUUUUUGGAAUUUGCAUGGGGCAUCAGUUGCUUGGUCAGGCAUUGGGUGGUAAAACCUUUAAAAUGAAAUUUGGUCACCAUGGAGGAAAUCAUCCGGUCCGUAACAUUAGGAAGAACACUGUUGAGAUCAGUGCUCAGAAUCACAACUAUGCUGUUGACCCUACAUCACUUCCCGAGGGUGUGGAAGUUACCCAUGUCAAUCUCAAUGAUGGAAGCUGUGCUGGUCUUGCGUUCCCUCAACUAAAGCUCAUGUCUCUUCAGUACCACCCUGAAGCAUCUCCAGGACCUCAUGAUUCGGAUCCUGCUUUUGGGGAAUUUAUAGGGCUUAUGAAGCAAGAAAAACAAAAAGCAAGCGGAAAAUCCGCACGAAUUUCGUACAUGGUUUGAUAUUGGCUUCGGUGGAAAUAGUUGGAAUGUGAUGAUGAUGAAGAAGGUGAUUAGGGGAGAGACUGGUACUGAAAAUCAAGCAACUUAUUCACACAAUGAGUUGCAGUGGUGGAAGUUAAUGCUCCUUGUGGUCAACAUUGGCUAGAGCAUGCAGAGAAAUUUUGUUAGUGUCUAUGAUAUUGUAGUUAUUUAAAAAAAGAAAAAAAGAAAAGAAAAUAGUAGUAGAAGCUGAAGAUUAUUACCCAGUGUUGUUUUUAUGAAUCCAGGGAUCUGGGAGGGUCAGGUUGGAUACAUACCUAACAUUUGCUUGUGGAAUAUUUUAUUAUUUAUGUCAUUUGCUACGAUUAACCA